GUCACCCUUCAUGAGAGGGAAAGUAAUUACAAGAAAGAAGAGAAAAUUAAGAAUGUAAAGAUUUCGAAGUUGGAGGAAGAGGUCGAGGAACUCUUGCUAAAACUCAAGGAAAAUGAGAAGGCGAUAAGCUUCCAGAAGGAACUCCGAGAGAAGGUGACCGAACUGAAAGCGAUGGAGAACCAGCUGAAAGAUAACGUGUCGACAAUGUCCACUCUACAGCGAAAGAACGCUCAGCUGGUCAAAAGAAUUAAGACGUUGGAGGAAGAACAACAAGCGAAAGAAAACGAAUAUCUGCAGAAGGAACAAACACACAAAGAACAGAUAAGAAAUCUCGAAAAUAGAAUUAAGAAUCUUGAAGAAAACUUGGCAGAGUGCAAAGCAACAAUUGACAAGUACGAGAAGGAAGAAAAGUACAAGGAACAGGCACCAUCACAAGACAGUAAGCACACCAUUGCCAGCCUUCAAGUCAUAGUGCAGGAUCUGUCGAAUAAGCUCCGUGACGCCGACGAGAAGCACGUGCAAAACCAACAACACCAAGAACAGCAGCAGAGACUGAACGAGGAACGGGAACGCAACCUCAUCAGCCUUCAGUGUUCAGUGAAGGACCUUUCAGCCAAACUUCAGGACGCGGAAACGAAGUUCAGGGAAAAAGCCGAUUCCCUGGAAGAAGUGGAAAGGAAGAACAAGGCGAUAACAGCGGAAUUAAUAGCACUGCAAGAUCGCUGUGAACAAUUAACCAGAGAACUUCAUUCGAAUCAAAAACACCAAAAACAACAACAACAAGAACAGCAGCAGAGACUGAACGAGGAACGGGAACGCAACCUCAUCAGCCUUCAGUGUUCAGUGAAGGACCUUUCAGCCAAACUUCAGGACGCGGAAACGAAGUUCAGGAACUGCAUGCUGGAGAAAAUAGAGACAGUGAAUGAAAUGGACAGACUAAACAAGAAUAAAGCGACAGAAAUAUUAGCAAUGCAGAAUAAAUGCGAAGAACUCACCAAGCAACUUGCUCAGACGAAAAACAAACUACAAGAGAAAGAAAAGAAACACAAGUCGCACGAAGAAGCGAAGGAGAGAGUAAUAGCAAGACUCCGAGAAGAGACGACGGUGCUGCUGAAAAAAAUGGGAGAGCAGGAAUCCCUCAUGAGGCAGCAGGUUCCGGUACACGUCGAAGAGUACAGAGAGGAAGUCGCGGAGGGGAUGUGGCGAGAGAGCGAGAGCGAGGACUACGUAGCCGAACUACUGACGAGUCCCCGCGGACGCCAAGGGAUCUCCGUCAGCACAAGUACCGCCGUCAGGAGCAGAGGCGUCGUCAGCACCUCUCAGAUAACCCGGACGACUCUAAACCCCCGCAGACGCUCCCCUUCCCCCUCCAGCCACUACAGGGGGGAGGAGCAGAGACACAGAAGUAGGAGCGUGACGCCACCGAGGACUCCGCCCUGUGAGAGGCUGACCCAGACGAACUUUCACAGGGGAAGGAGCAACAGCACGAGCAGCAGUUCCUCUCCUCGUCAGCAGAUGGAGGAACACCGACCGAGGCCGAGUAGGAGCACGUCCGUUCCUCGCCACAAGGCCGACACCUCAUUCGGCCCGCCAGUCAACAGUCACAUCACAUCUGUGGCACAGUGCCUCUAUAGUGUGGGGGCACUGAAGAGCUUCUUCUGCACUGGCGCCUACAGGUGUGAUCUCAACACCUUCAGUAAACAGAAGGGCGAAGCUGCCAUAGGUUUGGCCGAGUUUUUCAACGCUAUGAGCAGCGAGCAGAAUGUGGCUUCCAUAGCAGAGAAACUCAAGGCCGUGACGCAGAGGCCCGAGGCGCAGGCCCGGCGAGCAGGAGCGGCGAGUCCCAACGAGUUCCUAACGUGUCUCGUCCACUGCUUAAUAGAGGACCUGACGCCGAGCAACUUCGCCGAGGCGCCCCAGAGGCCUCCUGCGGAAGCCCUCAGCCUCUUCGUCGGCCAAAAGGACACCAGGGUUUACUGCGGCAAGAGGAGCGUCACCCUCAGCAACAACAUGGCGGAAUCCUUCAGAGAUUUGACGUUAACUGUCACCGCUACCCGGGCUUGGCUGCUCGAGGACCUCCUCCAGCAGCACUUCCGGACUCAGAGCAUAGACUGGCACUGCAGGCCCUGUGGAGUCCGCCAUUCAUGCAUUUAUGAGACAAUGGCCGUGAGGUUGCCAAAGGUCUUGCUGCUCCAUCUGAAUCGUGCGCACCACGGCGGCGUAGACAGGACCCGCGUAGUUUUCCCGCCAGUGCUGCAGCUGCGGGGAGACAGCCCGUAUAUGACGACGGCGAACGGAGGGACCCAGGCGUGUUACUCCCUCCGAGGCGUCUGCAGCCGGAAGGACCCCAUGGACUCCGCCUUCCCCUCUCCCCCUUCCUUCGCCGCCGCCUGCAGGAGGUCGAACGGGAGGGGCUGGUUCAUCUACAGCGAGGUUGACGGGCGAGGACGACCCACGACCAUUGAGAAGGUCCUUGAGGAGGAGAGGGACGCGGUCGUGCUGUUUUACGAGGAGGUGUCUGGGGAGUGGGGGAGUGGGGAGUAA